AUGCAACGUUGUCGUUGGUUAAUCGUUGAGUUGCUCACCGAUUACGGGAGAUGGUUGACUCCAUACAUUUCAAUAUUUCUUCAAAAGCACCUUAUGGAAUCAAAUUUUCUCUCGAAAAAUGAACAAGUCCAACGUCUCACUCUACGCUCAAAUAUGGAGCAUUCAAAUAUGAGAAUCGCUUACAGAAUUCUGCCCAAAGAAACUCAUCUUUUGAAUUCUUUAAAUGUUCUUUACUUUAUGCAUGAUGUGAUUUGGGAGUCUGAGAUUUGUCGAAAUUUGAAGCCGAAAGCCUUAGCGAUUGAAUGGGACGAGAAUCUGAUGGAUGACCCGAGAAGUCAGAAAGAUUUCCUUUCAAAUGGAGUUCGAGAAGAGACUGAAAAUUCGUUUCUUUUACUUUAUAGUAUCUAUAAAGGUGAGAAUAUUCUUGAUCAAAUCGAUUUUGUCGUCAACGAAAUAUUCAAUAUUUUAAUGGAAGACUCGAAAAUGGAAACCAUUGAGGAAAUAGAUCCCAGGCGCGUUUAUUUAUCCCAUCAAAUGUCGAUUUUCUCAAAACUUUACAACGAUUUCCCAAAUUGGGAAACUGGGGAACGUCUUUAUGGGAGAGCUGAAAGAGUUGAUCAAUACCAUCCAGAGAAACACGAUAAAAACGUUUGUUUUCUACGAGAGAACUCGAAAGAUCAUUUCACGUUUUAUUCACUUGGAUUUAUUCAAGAAAAUCAGACACUCAAAAUGCAACUCUUGAUGAAAAAUGUGACGAUGAGCGAUUUGUUAAAGGAUUUUUGGCAG